GUCACGGGCAUGGCUGCGUGGCGCCUGGGUGGCCGCGUGGGCGCGCGUGGGUGCCGGGUUGCCGCCGGGCUCCUGCGUCCCCGUUUCCAGAGCCGCGGCCCCCCGGGCGGGGAGGACGGGGACAGGCCACAGCCUUCCUCGAAGACGCCUAAGGCCCCCAAGAUCUACACCAAGACAGGAGACAAAGGGUUCUCCAGCACCUUCACGGGCGAGAGGAGGCCCAAAGAUGACCAGGUGUUCGAAGCUCUGGGAACGACGGACGAACUGAGUUCAGCCAUUGGGGUUGCCAUGGAAAUAGUCACGGAGAGAGGCCACCCGUUUGCUGACGAGCUCCAGAAAAUCCAGUGCUCGCUGCAGGACGUCGGCUCCGCCCUGGCGACCCCGCGCUCCUCGGCCAGGGAGGCACACUUGAAACGCAGCGCAUUCGAGGCGGGGCGCAUCCAGGAGCUGGAGCAGUGGAUCGACGCAUACACCCGCCAGCUGCCUGCGCUCACGGCCUUCAUCCUGCCCUCUGGGGGCCCAAGCAGCGCGGCCCUGCACUUCUGCCGGGCAGUGUGCCGGCGGGCUGAGAGGCGCGUGGUGCCGCUUGUCCAGUCGGGCGAGACGGACGCGAACGUGGCCGUGUUCCUGAACAGGCUCAGCGACUAUCUCUUCACGGUGGCCAGGUACGCCGCCAUGAAGGAGGGCAGGCAAGAGAAGAUCUACAAGAAAGACGACCCGGCCCCCCGAACCUGAGGGGAGGUGCGAACAGUGGGUCCGGCUGGCAGGCGGGCGGGGGACCGUGGAAGGAAGGAAGGAAGAGCCCCCACGGUGCCGGCAGCCCCCCUCGGACUGGGUUCCCACCCCCGCGCCUGCACCCCCGAAACGGCAGCUGCUUCGAAGGGAGGCUGGGCUCUGACCCACCUCAGUCUCCACAGAGGGGCAAGACCACCCAAGGGAGCAGAGAAGGAGAACGAGGGGCGGGAACCUCAGGCCUGAGUGGGUGAGGCUUCGCGUCAUGUCACUGCCAGCCAGGUCACCUGCCACUCCGCCCCAGCACCCCUGCACCAGGUCUGAUCCCCAGACCUGGCCGCAGGGCUCAGCCCAGGCCCCCGGAUGGACCCUGGACCCCCUGAUCAGUGCG